CCAAAAUCGAUACCACGACUUAAUCACACCUCUGUUGACCCGGACAUGACGCCUCGUCCUUCUCCCUAGCAAUUGUAGCUAAGCAAUAUCACACACAUCUCGGAACACUCAUCAAACAACGGACCGCCUCUGUUCCUGGCUUGCUUGGCAUGUGUGAUCCUAAACAGUCCCCAUCCCUUCCGUCGUCGGUCUCCCUCUGCCUCGCAGCAGCAGCAGCAGCCGGCUGCCCGCCGUCAGUGCAAACAUGGACAAAUCACCAAAUAUAACGGCGUCGGCCUCUUCGCCCUCUCCUCCCAAGCGCUCCCAGAUCCCGACUACUAAUCCCCAAAGGACCGUGACCCACGCCGGCCAGCAGGCGCAUGCGCAGGCACAGACACCGUCGAAUCCACUCCCCACGCUGGCCCGCGAAUCCACUUCCAGCUCCGCGGCGACCGUCAAUCCCAGGUCCGAUCCAUGGCCUUCCAACAACAAGCUGACUUCGCAGACCACCUCGGCCACGUCUGCAGCAGCAGCACCAUCCUCCUCCGUCUCCCGUGCUUCGUCCGUAGCUCCCUCGCCCUUUGCCUCGCGCGAAUCCUCUCCCACGAGACCUGCCAACCGAGCCCCCACCACCCGUAAUCCCACCGCUGCAUCGUCACGAGCGCCCUCACGCGGUCCUGCUGCUGGCGGUGCUGCACCUCGAUCGCGCAAGAACAGCUUCCAGGAUCCCUCGAGAUCCACGAAACCAGGCAGCGUAUCCUUGUCGACGGCCGGCUCAAGAACGCUGUCGUCGGCCACGACGCCCACCUUCCUCCCCGCUGCGACGGAUCGGAACGUCAAUGCGCCCGCACCCCCGUCCAAAUCGCCAACUGCCAACUCGUCUGCUGCUCAUCCCCAUCCGACUGGUGGCCAGGAUCCUUUGAAGUGGCCCGUGUCCUCCAGACUGCGGUCUCCUCCACCCAUCGUCACCAAGCCGCCCAUCCUCGGUCCGCCCAGACGACAGGAUCAGACUCCAGACAUCUCUCCUUCCACCGCCCUUCCACGACAGACAUCGUCCUUUUACGCCUCGGAAUCUCAGUCGGACACAGACGCGGACGACCUCACUCCAACCCAGCCCGGGGCCAGAACUCCCGCUCGUGCUGCGGGAGGGAGCACCUCCGUCCUUGAGACUGUCCAGGAAGUCAGUCCUUUUGGUUCUCCGCGAGUCUUUGACCAGUCAAUGGAGGAAAGACUGGGACACAGGCUCAUGUCCGAAGCGACCGUGCCCUCAGAAGCCGGUGAUUUCUUUCGCCAAAAAGAGCUAGCGGGAAGGUCGAAUUCAAUCAUGACGGAAAGCGGAGCCGAAGAUGCGACCCCCAUCGAGGCGGUCCGCCGAAGCGGAUCGACCAGUGCGCCGCCCCUGACGUCAAGGCAGUCGAGCUUGUCAGUCCGACCCCCUGCCAAGGGCAAGCCCGGCGAGGCUUCUCAACAGAGCAUGACGGUAGAAGCCGAAACGGUCACCUCGAUUCCCCAGGUCGCCCUCGCGCCAGGAGGAGGAGUGCAGCCUUCAAGUCUCAGUCUGCGCACAAAACCCAGCACGGAGACGAUCCGGCCCCCCAAGAAAGAAAAGAAGAGGACGGCACGGAAGCAGCCCAACAUGACAGCUGGCACUGGUGAGACAACUCUGUUCAUUUUGCAGCCACGGCUUCGGCAUCAUCAAGCUACGAGAUCAGUUUCCUCGGCUACCGAGAUGUGUACUUCGCCAACGAAGUAUUACCAUGGUCCUCCGCCGCCUGAUGAAGCCACCAGCAGGCACAUAUUUCCUUCUCGGUCUCCCGAACCACGGAGCCAGAGUUUUGUAAUUCACCAAGUGAGCAACUUACUGACUAGACAUCGUCCAGCAUCCUCCAAGGCCGACAUCUUCGAGGCAAAGGUAGCAAGCGCAAUUGAGGAAACUAACUCGUCAGACUCGGACGAAACAUUCGUCUACGACUCCAACCCUCCCGACCAUCCCAGACCACCCCGUUAUCACUCUAGGACACCGAGCGCGGCAUCCAUGGUCAGCCAGAUGAACCGUGCCGAUAUGCGCUCCAUUCAUUCUGCCAUGAUGAACGUUGAACAGCCUAUCGGGGUAAAGCGAAGCAUGAAGUUUGUGAACUCUUACAAUCCCAGCAUUAAUGAAAGCGUUGGCGCCGAAGACGACGGCAAGAGCACAACCGGGAGGAGCACAGCAGGGUCAGCCAGGGGGACAUCUGGGCGACAUCAUCACUAUGGCCGAUGGGGCCGUAAUGGGGGAGGAAACGGGCAUGCGUCGCUAUUCGCCGAACAAUCACCCUUCAGCGGAGCUAACUCGGGAAACAACAACUCACGACCGUCAUCAGGUGUUAAUAGCCCUCGAUACUUGAGCCGGAGCGGCCCCCAUGCUAAGAGCAGUCGGGGAACGCAUCUAUCGGUUGGUUACGAUCUCGACGACAAUGCUACUGGCGCCGACGACGAAACCACGCCGUUGAUACAGUCUGGGACAGUACGGUCAUCAAGAUCAGCACGAAGUCGGAGGAACGGCUUGCACUCGCUACGGUCCAUGGAAUCGGCCAUUGGGUUCAUGUUUGCGACGUCACAACCGCUUACCGAUAUCGAGCUGAUAUCGAUGGAUCAUGUGGUCGCGAGCGAGCAGGAGUUGAUGCUCGACCUGACGAUUAGGGCCAAGAACCCCAACGUGGUAGUUGUGGUGGUGGAUGCGGCGGAUAUCGAGGUCUUUGCCAAGUCACCGCAUGCUGGUACCGACUCGGAAUGGUAUCGCACUCACCCUGGUGACAUGCCGCCUCUGGAGAGCCACAAGGAAGAGGUACGAAUAAGCAGAUCAGGAGAUUUAGCCAAGAUCCUAGACGACCCGCCGAACGACCAACCGCCUGAGGAAUCAUCUCCCAAUAUGCGCCUCGGCACCAUCACGGGUUUCAACAGCGCUCUUACCUUUGAGGGCUCCUUCUUCCACCAGGGCCUGUCCACGUCCAUGGGUGAAGUCCGUCUCAAGAACCCCGGCAACGUAACAGUGGGCGGAACCGAGAGAUGGGAGCGCAUCAUAGCAGAUGACUUCCAACUCAUCAUCAAGGGUGUGCUAAAAUAUACCCUGCCGCUGAGCCAGAGGGUCAGAACGGCUGCAAUUUCGGGCAAGACCACGGUCAAGGCGAAUGCGGCCAAUGAUCGGGAUUUAAGGAAGCCGCCGGAGGAGGCGAAGCCGAUAGAGGAUGUCGGCGGAGGCAGCGGUGGGAGAACAGGAGGUGAUGAUAACGACCACGACAAUGACGUUUCUAUUUCCUUCCAAUGAGUUUCUGAACAAUGAGUUUCUGAAAGAGAGGGAUAACAUGGUAGAGAACAAAGUCCCCAUCCCUGCACACAGGAACAAUACCAUGACACGAGACGAACUCCUUUACGAAUAUUUUUUUACUGGUUUUUUUGAUAAACAAAAAUCAAUACCCACUAUACACUACACUUACACUACACCGCUGCUCGACGCAGGUUGCUACACAUUUUCCUUUGUCGGAAUAUUUUUAUUGAGGCAAGCAGGCACAGGCAGGCAAGCAAGCAAGCAAGCAAGCAGGCACCCUUACCCUUCCUCUUUUAACUCCUGAGGUCAUGAUCACUUCCUCCCUGUAUAUUUCUCUCUGAGCGUCGUUCAAACUGCAUAGCAUCGGGGCAUCAUCUGUGAUACGGGCUGUAUGUAUGUAUGUAUGUUAUUUCUUUUAUCUUGUUUCUCAGCGUGUUUUUGUGCGUUGGUGAUGAUGAUGGUGAUGAUGAUGGUGAUGAUGAUGGUGAUGAUGGUGAUGAUGGUGAUGUUAUGAAUUGUCUAUUUGCUAGCGGAGUAAACUUGGGAAAGUGAUGACCAAACCAACC